AUGCGUACAAGUCAACAAAAAGGAAAACAAAGGUAUAGCAUUAUAGGUAUUGAUUUUGGAAAUGAAAAUAUAGUUAUUGGAAAAUAUUAUAAUGGAGGUGUUGAUAUAAUUGAUUCACCAAUAGGAAAACAUUCAAUUUCGAAUUGUAUCUCAUGUAUUAAAAAAGAAAUUCGAUGUGGUGUUGAUAGAAAUGAAAGUCAAAUUAAAAGAAGACCAAAAAAUUGUAUUAUUGGAUUAAAAAAAUUAAUUCAAGUUGAUAAUAAUGAAUUAAAAAUUCAAGAAAAUAAAUUUUCAAAUGUUCAAUGUGAUGAAAAUGGAAUUUUACAAUGUGGUGAUAUUGGUAAUAUUCAUAUUGAAAGUAUGCUUGUUGAAAUGUUUAAAAUGAUAAAAGAAAUAACACAAUCAGAUUAUUGUGUUGUAUCAAUAUCAUCUAAUUAUUCAUUUCAAGAGAGAAGACGUAUUGAAUAUGCAUGUGAAUUAGCUAAAAUGCCUUGUUUACAAUGUGUUGAAGAUUGUAUUUGUAUUGGACUUUAUUAUUGGACAUAUGACAUACCAUCAUUUAAUACAAUAAAUAAUAAAGAAACUACACAAAUGGUUCUUAAUGUUGGAGAAUCUGAAACAACUUGUUCAGUAUUUAGGUUUCAUUCAAAUUCAUUAGAAAUUAUAUCAAAUGAAACUAUAAAUAUUGGGGGAAGAGAUUAUAGUUAUAUAAUUAAAAAUAAAUGUAUUGAAUUAAUGCGUGAAAAAGAAGAGGUAAAAGAAUUUAUACAAUCUUUAGAUGAAGAAAAGAAAUUAAAAUUUUAUAAUAAGAUUGAUGAAGAUAUCAAUAAGUUUAAAUUCUCUUUUUCAAGUCAAAACGUACUUGAAUCAACAUUAAAAAUUGAAUUAAAUAACAAUAAUGAAUUUAUUGAAAAUGUUACUAAGACUGAAUUUGAAAGUUGGUUUGAAGAAUAUAAUGAAGUUAUUUGUUUAUUAGUACAAAGGAUUAUUGAAAUAACUCAAAAACGUAUUAAUUUACGAUUAACUGAUAUAGAAUUUGUUGGAGGUGGUUCUAGAUUAGGUUGUAUUAAAACCAUUAUUGAAAAUAAACUUCAUUUAAAUGUAAAAAAUACAAUGAAUAAAGAAUGUGUUAUUGCUAAAGGAGCUGCUUUAGUAGCAGUACAAGUAGGAACAAAAUUGAGACUAUUAAAUGAGAUAGAAGAAAAUUUUUUAUAUUUAUCUAUUGAACGUUUUAUUGAGAAAGAAAGUAUUGAAAUUGGUAAUGUUUUAUAUCCAGAAGUUGAUCAAUUAACAAAUGGUGGAGAACUUAUUGUUGAAAAUAAAAAUAAGUCAAUUAUUACUGAAGUUAAAAUUAAUCAAAAUUGUAUUGGAAUUAUUAAAGAUGAAAUAAUAUAUUCAAAUUAUCUUUCUAUUGGACUAGAACGAUGGUUCUAUUGUUAUCAACCCUAUGACAUUGUUAUAAGUGAUAAUGAUGAUUAUGUAUUUCCUUUCCAGAAUUCUAGUAAAGUACAAAAAGAUGAAAGAAUUGGCCAAUAUAAAUACAAUUGGGUUAUUAGAAACUAUUUAAGAGCAAUUGAAUGUUCUAAUAAAUCAGAUAAUCAUCAAAUUUUUAAAUUAGAAAAAGAAAUUUCAUUAAACAAUAAUUGUUUCUCAGAUAAUUAUUUGGAUGUUGUAAAAAAAGAAAUUAAAGAAUUGGAGGAACUACAACAUCGAAUUCAUGAAUGCACUAAGUUAAAAAAUUUGUUUGAACAUUACAUUUCUCAACAUAAAUAUGAAUUAAAUGAUAAAGAAAAAGAAGAACUAAUUGAAAAGAAAAAAUUAUUAAGAAAAAUAACUGAUGAUAUUGAAGAAACAAAAAGAAUCAUUGGGGAUAUUGAUAUAAAUAACUAA